AUGCCCGCUCUUGUUUUCGAAUCGCGCCGAGAGUGGCUUGAGAAGCAGCACGGAUUGGAGCUCAAGAGCGUUCCAGGUGAAGAGAUUAUCUUUCGCGUGGAUGCCCUUGAGCACACCGUUGAAUCUAUGGGCUUCGUCGUAGGUUCAAUCCUAGAAAACCUGAACAAUCGCUGCCUGUCAGGCGACUUUCGCAAUCCCACGUCCCCGUCCGCGGAGGGGCAAGCCCGUUACAUAAUUGGGUACAGGCUCUCGGACUUUGAUCGCGAAUUUGGUGAGUUCGUGAAGGAGCACCCGGCAAAGAUUAUCGAGCGAAUAAGAAGGCUUCUCUUGUCUGUGGAAACCCUCGAGCCGUACGAGGACACCGAAGUGUGGGCAGAUAUGGGCGACACAUCUCUCCGCUGCAUGAACAUUGAAAAAGAAUAG